AUGAAUAUCAAUUACUUAUAUUAAUAAAUUGAAGACUAGGAUGAAUAGAUCGAGAAGGCCACUAAAGUUAUUGAAACACUUACAGCAGAAGUAAGAAUGCUCCCUAAUAAAAGAUUGAAACCCAAUAAAAAGAGAUUAUAAGAUUGAAAUAUGAAAAUGAAUAUUUGAAUUCAUAAAAUAAAAUACUUGAAAAAGAAAAGCUUGCACUUUAAAAAGAGAGUAAUAAUAUUGAUACCAUUAAAAAAUGUGAAAUUAGAUAAAAGCAGAUUAAUGUAAAUUAAAAGGAAAAAAUUGAGAAAUACUAAACAUUAUGGUCUUAAUAAGAAUUGAAUUAUAACAAUACAAUAAUUGAAUUAAAUGAAAAUAUUAAGUAGUUAUAAUUGUAAAAUGAAGAAAAAUAAAAUGAUUUAGAAUUACUUUUUAAAUAAAGUUAACAAUAAUAAUUAGCAAUUAAUUAAGUUAUGGAAAUUUUGGAAUAAAAAGAAUAAGAAUUAUAAUAAUUAAAUUAAUAUCUUAAUAAUCAAAAAGAAAAUACAGAUAAUUUCAGUACAUUAUAUAAGUAAGACAUUGAAAAUUUAAAAAAAUUUACAGAAAACUUAUUUAUUUAAUCUGAUAAAAAUAUUAUCAUGUAAAUUAAUAAAAAUAAAACUUCAAAGAAUAACACAUUAUCCAAAGAUAUUAAUUAAACUCAUUAAAUUGCUUAGUAAUAUAAAGAAGAAUAAAAGGAUGAAUCACAUAUCUAUGAUAUUAUUUUAAGAUAAAGUAAAUAUAUAAAUGAAAUUUAUACUAAAUUAUAAAAUACUAUUUCAAAUGAAUAACUAUCAGAAUUUAUUGUUUAAGUUAAUUAUAUGAGAUAAUAUUUUGAAAUCAUGUAAAAUAAAAUUUAAGAUAUUAAUGUUGAGAGAAAUAUCAUUCAUCAAGUAAGUAAUUUAUAUUAUAUUAGGCUUAUAUGAAUUUAGUCUAAUAAAAUAAAACAUAAUAAUCAUACAUUGAAUAGUUAUUGAUGAUGAUUAAAAAUUAUUAAAAUAAUAAUAAUAAUGAAGUUGAAAUGAUUAAUAAUAUUAAUCAAUUAGAUAUAAAUAUUCUAGAUCCAAUUAAUGAAAAUAUGCAAAAAUUAUUAUCAACUUAUUAGUCUUCUCUAAUUACUAAAGAUGAAGAAAAAAUGUCUUUAGAACGAUAAAAUGUUAAAUUAUAACAGAAAUUAGACUAGCUUCAAUCUCAAUAAUAAUAAUUAAUGUAGACAUCUUAAUAAUCCUAAUAAUUAGUUUCUUUAUUGUAAAAUCCUAAAAAAUAAGUCAAAAAUAAUAAUAAUAAUGUAAAUAAUAAGAUGGAAUCAUUAGAAAAAGAAAAUUAAUAAUUAAUUGAAUAAUUAAAUGAACUAUCAAAAGAACAUGAAGAAACUGUUAAAAUGCUUGAUAAAGCAAUAACUUAAUUAGAGUAAUAAACUGAAACUAUUUAAAAAUUUGAAUAAGAAUAAAAUAAUAAAUUGAAAAGUAAAAAUAGUUUUAUUGAAACAUAAUAACCUACUACAUAAUUAAUAGAAUCAUAAAUUGAUAAAUUUUUAGAAUCAUGUUCUGUAAGAUAUAUUCAAUAUUAAAGUUAUUACCUCCUUUGAAAUCACAAUCUGAUAGUGUAGUAUAAAAAACUAAUAUUUUAAUUGAUCUUGUUACUAUGUUAACAGAUUCUUAACAGUAAAAUAUAAUAUUUAACUUAGUGAUAUUUUAUAAAAAUUAUUAGUAACUUUUCUAGUUACUAGAGAUAAUAAGAGUUUGUAAGGAUUUGAAAAAGAUUUUUCAACUUUAAAAUCUAUUAGACAUAAUAUUGGAAUAUUGGAUUAUUUGGAUUAAUUAGAAUGUUUAAAAAAUGAUUUGUUGAAUAUUAUAGAGAAAGAAUUGAAAUGUGAAUAUGCAAUACCAUAUGGAAAAUCUAUUCUUAUAUAAGUACUUAAUUUGAUUGCUCAAAAAUAUAUGGAAAUAGUUUAAAAAGAUACAUAAUCUAUUGAAAAAUAAAUGAAAAAAUAUAAAAAUCAUAUUGUAAUCUAUAAAAUGUACAAAUAAUGGAAAGAGUGCAUUUUAGAUUUUAGUGAAAUAAUAUUUGAAAUUAUAGAAAGUAUUGAUCAUAUUGGUUAACCUUAAUUUGAAAGUAAAUUGAAUUAACAAAUUGAAAAGCUUAACUAUAACUUCAUUGAUAAUUUUGAUGAUUGA